CCUUCGGUUUUGGAGCUGGCUUUUGCCUGGGGGUUUGAUUUGGAGGGUAAGAAGUUGGAGAGUCAAUCGUCGCCGUUGAUGGAGAAUUGGAACGGGAGUCAGGAUUUCGUGAUGCCGGUGGAGUUGUGGAUUUAUAAAUCGAGUGGUCAAGAGAUGAUUGUUCCGUACCAGAAUGUGAGCUGUGGAGAGAUAGUUAAGAAACGGAGCCCGAGCUGCGGAAAGUACAAACAGGCUAUAUACAACCAGCUGGUGGAAUUGAUGAAGACGGGUUUUAUCGGAGGCGAUGGAGGCUAUAUACAAACAGGCUAUAUACAACAAGAUUCGGAGUUUGUAGAGCAAAAUCUAAUCCUUGAUUCUUGUGUUGUAGAUGGAUCUGGGUUUGAUAGAGGAAGACCCAGAUCUGGGUUUGAUAGAGGAAGACCCAGAUCUGGGUUUGAUAGAGGAAGACCCAGAUCUGGGUUUGCAAAAGUGAAAAGGAAAGGACUUCCAGUGACGAAGAAGAAGGCACAAGCUUUGGGUCUUUCCCUGGGUUUUCUCGAACAGCGAUUCGACAAAAUAGCAUCAUCGGAAAGGACUUUUGACGACGAAGAAGAAGGCACGAGCUCUGGGUCUUUCUUUGGGUUUUCUCGAACAAUGAUUCGACAAAAUAGCAUCAUCGGAAAGGACUUCUAGCGAUGAAGAAGAAGGCACGAGCUUUGGUACAAGAUUCGGAGUUUGCAGAGUAUAAUCUAAGGACUUCCUCCUUGAUUCGGGCGUUGCAAACAGAUCUGGGUUUAUCGAGCGUCCACUCCAGAUCUGGGUUUGCAGAAGAAAGGGAAAGGAAAGGUGAAGGAGAGAAAGUGAAAGGGGAAGAAGAAAAAAAUUUUUUUUCU